AUGGCAGUGGAGAGCAAGUUUGACCCCAAGGACAUGGUACGAAACAGCUCUUAGUCCCAUCGCCACAUGCACUCACUGAACCUGCGCGCUCUGUAGGAAUUCCGUUACUUGGGGCCUUCCGGCCUCAAGGUCUCCGUCCUCUCGCUCGGCGGCUGGCUCACCUACGGCGGUACCCAGAAGGGCAACAUCGUCAAGGAGAUCCUAGAAACAGCGUGGAACAACGGCAUCAACUUCUUCGACACGGCAGAGGUCUACUCGAACGGCCAAUGCGAGAUCGAGAUGGGCAACGCUCUCAAGGAGCUCGCCUGGCCAAGAGAUGAAUACGUCCUGAGCACAAAGGUCUUCUUCGGAACGGGACGCCAAGAGCCAAACACACGCGGUCUGUCGAGGAAGCACGUGGUGGAAGGUCUCAAGAGCUCGUUGCAGAGACUCCAGCAGCCAUAUGUUGAUAUCGUCCUCGCUCACCGUCCUGACGUUGGCACGCCGAUGAAGGAGGUGGUGGAGGGCUUCACACAGGUCAUCCGAAACCUCAACCUGGCUUACUACUGGGGUACAUCUGAGUGGUCGGCGACUCAGAUCAUGGAGGCAACCCAGAUUGCUGAGAGGUAACUCGCUUUGAUUCUUCCCAAGCCGUCAAGUCUCGUCUAACGCCACUCCUCAGGUACAACCUCAUUGCACCGAUCGCCGAGCAGCCUCAGUACAACGCCUUCCACCGCGAGCGCUUCGAAGUCGAAUUCGCUCCCCUCUACGAGCAGUUCCAGUACGGAACAACCAUCUGGUCCCCACUCGCUUCGGGUCUUCUCACCGGCAAAUACAACGACGGCAUUCCCGAGGACUCGCGCUACGCCAACAACAAGGCAUUCUUCGAGGGCUCCAUCAAGAGUCUGCAGAGCGACGAAGGAAAAGCCAAGAUUGCAAAGGUCCGCAAGCUCACGGAAAUCGCCGAGAAGCUGGGUGGCAAUGUCGCCCAACUCUCUCUGGCCUGGUGUGUCAAGAACCCCAAUGUCUCCACGGUCAUUCUCGGAGCCAGCAAGCCUGCUCAGAUCGAAGACAACGUCAAGGCGCUGAAGCUCGUACCCAAGUUGACGCCCGAGCUCAUGGAUGAGAUUGAGCAGAUCUUGGACAACAAGCCAGCCGGGCCAAAGACCUUCAACCGUACGAGGUGA